AUGAAGAGGAGCAGCCUCACGAGGAUGGAGCAGCUCUGAUCAACCAGCUCUGAUCAACCAGCUCCUGGAACAACUGCAACGAUCGAUAAACAACAUCGCGGAGGAGCUGCGCAAAGUUUGUCUGCGGGAAGGAAGAUUCACCGAUAACAAGGGCAUCGGCCUCGCUCCCCAGCUGCCAGCAUGAUGAAGGACUGCCUGCAGUUCCUUAUUGAGCCGGCCAAAAAGCUCAAAAUCCGACUCAAGGAGUCCCGUAAGAGAGUCAAACUUGAGAAGAAGGAGCCGCCGGUGGAAAGUCAGUUGUUUAUUAUGGAAUUGGCUCGAGAGCUCAAUAAAAUUUGCCAGAGGUCAAACAUCCUCAGCCACAUCUGGACCAGUGAGGACAUCUGGCAAGCCAGCAUGUGUCGGGAUUUUAUCGUGGAAUGGUCCACUCUUUUAGAAAAGACAGUGCAGCCGAGGAUCAUCCUGUCGGACUACCAGUGUGAAAAGCCAGAGAAGAAAGACUGGAAGGGUCACCUCCUCUGCAUGCUGGAGGCCGGAGGGGAGUGUGACAUGGGGCCCCACAAAAGAGUCAUCAUGGACUGGACAAGGGGGAUUAAAAGCAGGCCUCAGCCCACCGUCUGGCCAGGCGAGCCGGUGCUCAUGAUGCUCGACGACCUGGAGUUCCAGUGGAAGAGGGGCCGCCUCCCCAACCUGCUCCCCGCCAUGGAGCUGGUCAUGCUGUCCGUGCUGAACGCCGACAGCCCUGUGAAGGAGGAUGUGACUAAGCAGUGGCUGGUGAGAAAGCAGAGGAGCCAGAGUGCUGACGCCGUCAGCUACAUCCCCCACAGCGUGUGGAAUUGGAUUUGCGAUGCAGCAGAGGACGUCACUUUGGACUCGGACUCCGCCAACCCAGACCUUAUCAUUUCCAGUGAUGAAAAACGCAUGCGCUGUGGCCUGGAGCGCCGCGACGCCCCGCGGUGCAGGCGCCGCUUCAACGGCUGGUGGUGUGCAACAGGCCAGGAGGGCUACGCCUCCGGACGCCACUACUGGGAGGUGGAGGUGGGUGAGCGGGACUGGCGGCUGGGAGUUGCCAAGGCGUCCGCCAUGAGGCAGGGCUUCCGCUCCCUCAACACGGUAACGGGCUACCUGACCCUGCGGCUGGAGAGGGGCUCGGAUCUGAAAGCCUUGACGGUGCCCGCCACCUCGCUGCCGCAGAGCUUGGUGCCCAGGAAAGUCGGGGUGUACCUGGACUAUGAGCAAGGCCAGCUGUCCUUCUAUGACGUGGUGAAGCGCUCGCACCUGUACACCUUCAACGAGAAGUUCACAGAGGAACUGUACCCGGUUUUCGGGACUGUGGAGGUGGUGAACGACCUGGUGAUCAGGCCUGCAGAUGUCAGACAGCGGUGCCUCUGCCCCGGGCCCUGCCUCUGGAAUUGAAUCAAACAUCCACCACUUCUCUGUCCUGAUCCUCAGCAGCCCACAGAGUCUGUGCUUUCAUUUAUUUAGUCGAUUUCAAUCUUGUGUGCUGGUUUUAGACCAAAACGUGUCUCUGCGGGCUGCUUUGUGAAAACAGGAACAAGAACCAUUAUUCUGCAUCACGUGUGUUCUGUUCCUCUGCCUUCAUGGAGACAGCGUCGUCAGAUAUGAACUCUGGACAAUGUGUGCAGAAUUGGAAAGCGUUCAGGUGGGAGGUGGUGCAGCAGGGAGAGGGGGGACUGACAGCACAUCGACACCGGUGUCGAUCCUUAUCACCAAAAGCUCUCUUGACAUCUUCGACGGUGUCUCCUACGUAUGUGGCACCACUUUUUUGGCCUGAGAUAUUUGUUUUCUUUUUAUCAUUAUCGCAUUUUUCGCAUGUUCCAACACACCUACUCCCUUGUGGUGAAUUCUCCUCCUCCAGGAUCUCCUGCUCCUCUCACAUGGGCACAUCCUUCCAUUCUCCAGAGAUUUUACUUCGGGGGGGGGCUGGUGGGUGAAACUCUGCAGGAAUUCAGGAGCCUCUGACUCUGACAAAAAUCAGAGUUCAGUGCAUGUCUGAAAGCAGCUAUAUACAGUAUUUGACUAUUUGUAAUGUAAAGACUAUUUCAAUGCUGUAAAAACAUUUUUUCACUGGUAAAUAAGAUUUGAAAGCGAUUCAGUGCAGCUGAUGCCAACACAUGCAGGAACAUAAAGUGGAGAUGCAUGUCGAGAGAUAAUUCUCACUUCUUGGUUUUUAAGCUUCCUAUUUGUCAGGCAUGAGUUUGUUUUUGCAGCUGUGCUUUUGUUUAUGUGUGAAAUAUGUAAAGAUGUUUUU